UUAUAGCAACUACCUUCCAUUUCGUUUGAUCUUUCUCAAAGUCGGUUUCUUGCAUAAUUACAUCCUUGUAUUUUUGUCUAAGUUUCUUUUUUAUGAAACGGUUUUUGCAGUUUGUAAGUUUUUAAGUGUGCUUGUUAUUAUGGACGGUUAUUUUAAAGGGCUCCCCAAAGACAGGAGGACAAAAGGAACGAAAUUUUAUUACGGAAGAAGCCAAAUAGCUUUAAUCACCAUCUCAGUCGCCGUGGCCUUAGGAUUCGCACUACACUUUUCUCCUGCCUUUCAAAAAGCUAGUCGUUUUAUGAAAGAUGGCAAUCUGGACUUGACAGAUGAGCAAAAGAAGUUGAAGUUGAAGUUGUUGAUUGACCCUAAAACGGCCGUACAACCGAAGCCGACCGAUGAAUAAUGAGCUCAAACCAUAGAACCCAAACAAAACUCUGCCAUAGUCAGAAAAGUAGUAAUUUUUGCAACGAAGAUGCUGAAAGCUCAAAUUCUUUUCAGCUCUUAUGCGCUCAAUCAACCAAAGAUAAAACUGUGUCAAAAGGAGCAAAACGAAAUGAUUUAGCGCAAAACAAAACUAAAAGCAGUUUUAAGAAAAAUUUAGAUGAUAGUUUUGAUCUUUUUAUUCCUAACAGAGUUAAGAAAGUUAUGUCCUCAUCUAGUUCUAACCGCAGUAUCAGUAGUAGAACUAGGAGUAAUAAGCGAAAGAGCCCAUAUUUUGAUGAUGAAAAUUCAUUAGAUUUACAAAAUCAGGAAGAUGAAGAUAUGGAAUAUGCUUUACAACUAUCCAUGUUGGACAGUGGUAGUACUGCAAACCUUCCUGGUCCAAGUAACUUUUUAGGGAAGAAAGAUAGCAGGUCAAAAAAGUUGUGCAGUGUUCCUCUUCUUCUCAGAAGGACUCCAGCCGAGAGGGAAAAAAUCAUUACAGAAAAAGUUGCCAUUGUUUUAAUGGAUGACAAGGAAAAUAAGAUAGAAAAAGAGCUUCACAAUAAAGGAUUGUUAUCAAAUAAUUUAAAGCAAGAAUUUGAUGUGAACUCUAGAUUAUGGAAAUUGUCACAGUCACAAAUAAAUGAUGUUGAUACUUGCAAUUUCUACGUUAAACCAUUAAGUAAAUAUGACAAUAAUGGACUUCUUUGUCCCAACGCCCAUAGUUCUACUGAUCAUCUGUGUCAAAAUGAUUACCUAAGUGUUGAUGGAAAAAAGAGUCCAGAUAGAACUGCAAUUUCACAAAACAAAAAUGAAGUUAGUACAAACAUACCAGAGGAAAUAGUUUCAGAAGUGGAAAUACAUUGUGACAAGGAUUCACAGUCACUCACUGAAAACAGAGGCAAUGAAAGUUCACUGUCUGUAAAAGACAUGUUUCAGGAUUCACUUGCUGACGUUGAAGUACCGUUGAGUACACUCGAAGAGGGAGAUAGAUCGGAGGAUCAAAAUAACUACUAUGAUGUAUCAUACCAUCAAAAAUCAGAUACAUCAGUGUGUGACUUCAGUAGUACCAAAACGGUUUCAGAGGAUGGAGAUGUAUGCAGUACUUUGGACAAAGAAAAACCUAGUACAUCAGGGUGUAAUUUUAAUACUAAAAUGAAAACCAAAGAUGCAAAUAAUCAGCAGGAGGAGCUCAUGGUUUCAUUCAAAUCUGAUGCAAUUUAUGGCACCAACCUUCAAAUACAAGUUGGUGAUAUGCAAGCUGAUAAUAACAGUAGUAAAAUGUCAAUAGACAAUAGUUAUAUGUGUUCAAAUCAAUUUGAGGCAAUCCAAAAACUGUCUCUUGUUCAGAGUACGAGCACAAGUGGUUUGUAUGUUCAACAAAGCCCAUCGCACGUUUCCGAGCUGAGCGAUUAUAUAACUAUUGUUAACACUGAUAAAGCCGAGGAUUUGAGUAAUGAAAAAAUAGAUAGUGAAUCAAAAAAUUAUUUGAUUGAAGUUGAAGAUGAACUUUGUUCAGUAAAAUCUGCAUCAAGUACAAAAACAUUGGAAUUGCACAGUUCAGAUGUUUCACUGCAUGACGAAACCACCCUAGAUGGACAAGUAAUUGAUAAUUCUCCACCACAAUUUCAUAUAAAGGAAUUAUGCGAAUUAGAAUUAAAAGCUUUGCAGGGCUUAUCAAAUGAUUUAGAACAAGCUUGGUUGUAUCCGGACUCUUAUCUUGUCUCAGUAAUAUGCAGUGAUCACACACUUACAAUUCAGUCUUGUAUUUUGUUUUCUCGGUGUCCUUUAAUAUUCAGAGAAGUAAGGAAGCACAAACUUCAGUGGGAGCAUUAUAACCGAACUGUGUGUGAAGUGUUUUUUAGAUAUGUAGUAACUGGGAAGAUAGAUCAUUUUAAAAGUGUAAAUUCUGAUUCUUUAUUUACUCUCUUUAAUAUCAGCAGUAAGUAUCAAUUGAACAUACUUUCUGAAGUAGUGGCAUAUCAUUUAAAUAAGGGCAUUGAAAAAGUUUCAUCUUCCAAUUUCUCAAUCAAAAUAAGUAAUAACACAAUUGAUUGUACGACUAACAUAUCAACAGACGAUGAAGAUGCUCAUGAACAGAACAUGCUGAAAAGAUCCCGUAGGUUCUUCAUUAAAGAAUCCAAUCAUCCCAUUCCUUGUUAUGUUGUAGACUCUGACGAUGAUGAUUAUGAAACUAAAGGGAAGAAAACACAAAAGACAAACUGGAAAAAACAGUUAAGUAAAAAAUAUAGAAGUGAGUUUCAACCAGAAUUGAUUACAAUUGACUCUGAUAGCAAUCAUUCUGAACCUAAUAUCUUAUCAAUAGAAAAUAACGAUUUAUCUCAAAUACUAAAUACAUUAAUAAAAAAUGAAUUAGAUGAUAAUCAAUGGAGAAUUCCAGUACCUAGUACAAGUAAAGAAGAGGUCAUUGAUUUAGAGAAUGAUUUUCCUUGUAAAAUCUUAGAGGGAAAAACGCAAAUAUCUAAUAAUAAAAACAAUUUUCAAAAUUUUUUUGAACGUUCGGUUAAUUUUUCUGAGACCAUUCCCAAUACUUCAAAUGGAUGUGAACAAGAAAAAGUCGGAAAUGAUAUUUCAUCAUUCAAAAUUGAAAAUACAUUUGAUGAUCCAAAACCAGGAUGCUCUGGCCUUUCAUUUAACAAAAUCGUGCCGUCGAAACAAGCAUCGCCAAAAUUCUAUGAUCUUUCAGCAAAGGACACAGAACUGCUAGAUGAACCGCAAGGGUUCUCUGGUCUUUUAUUUAAGGGGUCAAAGACGAUAAAAGAAGCAAUACAAGGAAGCUCUAAUCUUUCAAACAAGGACACUGAGAUAAUAUAUGAACGGUCACCAGAAACGUGCUCUGACAUUUCAUUAAGCGAAACUGAGCCGUUAAAUGAACAGGCAUCAAACAGUUCCAAACUUUAUAAAACUCGAGAAGGGCAAGUUGUGACCCUUUCGCACAAAAUUAUACCUCCACUAGAUUAUACGCCAAUGAGUUCAACUGAAUUCAAGAAAGAAUUGAUGAAGUACGGAAUAAAACCAAGUAUUGAACAAAAUAAAGCUGUGCAUUUGCUGAAUUGCAUUUAUUUACAACUUGAUGCGAAUAAAGAUGAUACGAUCAUUAAGUCGACUUCCAAAAUCCACAAGGUGUCAGAAAACACCGAUCAACUGUCAACAUUUUUAUCGAGCAGAUCUCCAUGGCCUGAUGACCAGAAGGAUGAUGUUAAUCAUGAUUCGGCCAAGCAUUCAACAUCUCUCGUGGUCAAUUACAUUUCAGAUGACUCUGUAGAUGGAUUGCUCCCUAAUGAUGGACAAAUGCUGGAUAAUUUACACUAUCACAAUGAAUUAUCUCCUAAAUCAGGGCAUUUAGAUGAUAUGAAAAAUAGAAUGAGUAAAGGAAAGGUAAAACCUGAGCAAAGUAAUUUAUUUUCCCAUUAUGCCAAAGAGGAAAUGAAUCCACAGGCAUCCAAGCAUAAUUAUGAUGAUGCAAAUGAUGCAAUUCUACAGAACCAUUUAAACGUCUCACCCUCAGACAAGGCUGUAAGCAGUAGCAGCAGUGUGAACUGUACACUUUCACCAAACAAAAUUCCUUGCUGUCCAAAACCCGGAGACAACGGAGAAAAUUCAAUUGAUUGCUACUUCCAAGAUUCUUUUCCAUCUCUUAGACACUUCGAAACGCCCAAGGAUUCUGAAGAAAAUGCUUCAAAUGAAUGUAGACCAGAAACACCCGUACGCUCAUUGUCGUCAUUUAAAGAGAAAUUAAAUGAACUGGUACAAAAAACCCCUGAGUACUCUUCAUUCACGGAAACUGGCCCAAUAAAUGACCAUUUAUCAAUUAAUUCCAAACUGUAUGCAACUCCAGGAGGGCAACUUAUUACAUUUUCAGACAAAGCAACACCACAACCAGAUUACAAUUUAAUGACACCUACUGAAUUAAAGAAAGAAUUAAGGAAGUACGGAAUAAAACCAAACCUCGAACAAAAAAAAGCUGUAAAUUUGCUGAAUUACAUUUAUUUACAACUCCAUCCAAGAAAAGACAGUACGGUCGUUAAGUCAACGAUUUCUCAGAUUCGCGAGGUGUCUGAGAACACUGGGUGUGCUGAUGAUCAACUGUCGUCCCACAAGUCAAGUUCAUCGAUCAAAUCUCUGUGGCCAAAUGAGGAGAAGGCAACUUUUAAUCAUGAUUCCGCCAAACCUUCGACAUCUUAUCCAGUCAAUUAUUUUUCAGACGAUUCUGUAGAUGGAUCACUCUCUAAUGAUACCCAAAUGCUAGAUGAUUUAAACUAUCACGAUGAAGUAUCUCCUGUAUCAGCACAACUGGUCUGCACAAUUGUACAAUUUAUUAGACGUUCCCUUCUUCUAAAACGUGAAAUUUUGCUUUACAAACCUAUUUGGUUAGUGAAAUUCCAGAAUCUGUUGAAAGAGCAUGGCAUAAAGUGCAGCAUUAAGGAUUUAAAAGCAGUGUUAAAUCAUAUUGGGAUUAUUUACAAAACAGAAAGACUGGAAAAGAGGAAUUGAAAUAUGUAUGAUGUCGAAUCGUUCUCAGUUUUAUUACAAUUGUUACUUAACAGUUUUAUGUAAAUAUUUUUUUUUUGUGUAAAUAAUUUCUUU